UACAAAUAGACUUAUUAUACACAGAUAAUGACUGGAUCAUGGAAGCUGGUACAAACAAUGUCAAUUUACAUUUCAACCGAUUUUACCGCUAAACCAAGCAUUCCUGUUGUUUGAUCUCUUUCAGACUAUACUGCAUCGUGUCUGUGUCUCUGAGAUGGAUUUUCUAAUGUCUAGUCUCUGACGUUUGAAGAACAAAAUCCUCCCUUGCAUUGCGCGGUGGAAGAAGCUGCAGUUAGCACCAGCAAUCACCCUAUCGAUCGCCAUUCAAGCAUUUUUAGAAAAAUGGCAGGGUUCUCUUGGCCAUCUGAAGAUGAGUUAAAUGGAAUCAGAAAGAUAGUUUCGGGAAUGGCUGGGGUAGAUAAAGUGAAAGUUCGAGUUGUGGUAUCUCCUUAUCGAAUUUGCCCUUUGGGGGCACACAUUGAUCAUCAGGGGGGGACUGUUUCAGCUAUGACAAUCAACAAGGGAAUACUUUUGGGGUUUACACCUUCUGGAAGUAGUGAGGUUGUAAUUCGGUCAGGACAGUUUCGAGGAGAAGUUAAGUUCAGAGUUGAUGAGAUUCAGAAGCCAAGACGAUCUAUUCAGAAUGAUAAUGUGAAUCAGGGAAGGGAUUACUCUCGGCAAGAAGAAUGUGAAUGGGGGCGUUAUGCUAGAGGAGCUGUAUAUGCACUACAGAGUAGGGGAAACAAUCUUUCCCAGGGUAUUAUAGGAUACUUAUGUGGUUCUGACGGUUUAGACAGUUCAGGAUUAAGCUCUUCUGCUGCUGUUGGAGUAGCUUACCUCUUGGCUAUGGAGCAUGCAAAUAAUCUAUCAAUAUCUCCUAAAGAAAAUAUUGAUUAUGAUCGGUUGAUUGAGAAUGAAUAUUUGGGGCUGAAGAAUGGUAUAAUGGACCAGUCAGCAAUUUUACUCUCAAGCCAUGGUUGCUUGAUGUUCAUGAAUUGCAAGACCAAAGAACACACACUUGUACACUUACCUGAGGCUAAUUCUGAACCCCAUAAAGCAAUCAAAAUAUUGCUGGCACUUUCAGGGCUGAAGGAAGCUUUAACUAACAACCCUGGAUAUAAUAGGCGAGUUACAGAGUGUCAGGAGGCUGCCAGAAUUCUUCUUCGAGCAUCUGGAAAUAAUGAAGCUGAGACCAUCCUAUCUAACGUUAAACCAGAAGUUUAUGAAGCUCACAAGGGAAAAUUAGAACAAAAUUUAGCCAAAAGAGCGGAGCAUUAUUUCUCAGAAAAUAUGCGUGUAAUGAAAGGACGAGAAGCUUGGGCGCUGGGAAAAGUAGAAGAUUUUGGAAAGCUCAUUUCAGCUUCCGGUCUGAGUUCCAUUAAAAAUUAUGAAUGCGGUGCUGAACCACUGAUUCAACUGUAUGAGAUUCUUUUGAAGGCUCCUGGAGUCCUGGGAGCACGCUUCAGUGGAGCUGGGUUUAGAGGGUGUUGUAUUGCAUUAGUGAAGGCUGACAGUGCAGCUGAAGCUGCAUCAUAUGUCAGAUCAGAAUAUAUGAAGGUCCAGCCUGAGUUAGCAAGCUGCAUAAAUGAAGAAACAGCAGUUUUAAUAUGCGAAUCCGGUGAUUGUGCUCGUAUAAUGUCUCCUUUUUGACACGUGGAAACUUGUUGCGAAAUACUUGAAGGCUAUGUUUGGAUGCAUGAGGAUUUGAAUUUAGAUUUAAAUUUGAAAUAAUUUUUCCAUUUGGAUAUAUAAUAGCAUGUGUAUUUGGAUGUAA